GCAGCCUCCAGAUCAGUGCACAAAGGCUGUGGCUGCCUCCAGAGGAAGGGCUGCUGUGCACACACCUAUGCAGAGACUGAGACUCAGAGAGGAAGCCUGACGUGCCACUCAGCCAGUGAGUAACUGAGGCCAUGGUGGUUUUGUCAAUGCCUCUUGUUUUCCUGCUGGUGCUGGGCAGAGGUGAGAGUAAGUUGGACACCAAGAUCUCAUCCCCAGGGGAGGCCACAGAAUGGGGGGAUCCUGAUCUGACCCUGCCGGGGUCCUGCCACCCAGCUCCCUCCUGUCAGAAGUGCAUCCUCUCACACCCGAGCUGUGCAUGGUGCAAACAACUGAACUUCACCGCCUCUGGGGAGGCGGAGGCGCGGCGCUGCGCAAGACGCGAGGAGCUGCUGGCUCGGGGCUGCCCGGCACAGGAGCUGGAGGAGCCCCGUGGCCGGCAGGAGGUGGUGCUAAACGAGCCGCUCAGCCACGGCACCCGCGGCGAGGGGGCCACGCAGCUGGCGCCGCAGCGGGUCCGGGUCACGCUGCGGCCAGGGGAGUCCCAACAGCUCCGGGUCCGCUUCCUCCGCGCCGCGGGAUACCCGGUGGACUUGUACUACCUUAUGGACCUAAGCUACUCCAUGAAGGACGACCUGGAGCGCGUGCGCCAGCUGGGGCACGCCCUGCUGGUCCAGCUGCAGGAGGUCACCCACUCCGUGCGCAUCGGUUUUGGCUCCUUUGUGGACAAAACAGUGCUGCCCUUUGUAAGCACAGUGCCUUCCAAGCUGCGCCACCCCUGCCCCAGCCGGCUGGAGCCCUGUCAGUCACCUUUCAGCUUUCACCACGUGCUGUCCCUCACGGGGGAUGCUCAGGCCUUUCAGCGGGAGGUGGGACGCCAGAAUGUGUCCGGCAACCUGGACUCACCUGAAGGUGGCUUUGACGCCAUUCUGCAGGCUGCCCUCUGCCAGGAGCAGAUUGGCUGGAGAAAUGUGUCCCGGCUGCUGGUGUUCACUUCAGAUGACACAUUCCACACAGCUGGGGAUGGGAAGUUGGGUGGCAUUUUCAUGCCCAAUGAUGGGCACUGCCACUUGGACAGCAAUGGCCUCUACAGUCGCAGCUCAGAGUUCGACUACCCCUCUGUGGGUCAGGUAGCCCAGGCCCUCUCUGCAGCAAAUAUCCAGCCCAUCUUUGCUGUCACCAGUGCCACACUGCCCAUCUACCAGGAGCUGAGCCAGAUGAUUCCCAAGUCUGCAGUGGGCGAGCUGAGUGAGGACUCCAGCAAUGUGGUGCAGCUCAUCAUGGACGCUUACCAUAGCCUGUCAUCCACUGUGACCCUUGAGCACUCUUCACUCCCUCCUGGGGUCCACAUUUCUUAUGAAUCCCAGUGUGGGGGUUCUGAGGAGGGUGGAGCUGGGGACCGGGGACAGUGUAACCAUGUUCGAGUCAACCAGACGGUGAAUUUUUGGGUUACUCUCCAAGCUACCCAUUGCCUCCCAGAGCCCCAUCUCCUGAAGCUCCGAGCUCUUGGCUUCUCAGAGGAGCUGACUGUGGAGCUGCACACACUGUGUGACUGUAACUGCAGUGACACCCAGCUCCAGGCUCCACACUGCAGUGACGGCCAGGGGCAACUUCAGUGUGGGAUAUGUAGUUGUCUCCCUGGCCGCCUGGGUCGGCUCUGUGAGUGCUCUGAGGCUGAGCUAUCCUCCCCAGACUUGGAGUCUGGGUGCCGGGCCCCCAAUGGGACAGGGCCCCUGUGCAGUGGAAAGGGACAGUGUCAAUGUGGACGUUGCAGCUGCAGUGGUCAGAGCUCUGGGCGUCUGUGUGAAUGUGAUGAUGCCAGCUGUGAGCGACACGAGGGCAUCCCCUGUGGAGGCUUUGGCCGAUGCCAAUGUGGAGUGUGUCACUGUCGAGCCAACCGCACAGGCAGAGCAUGCGAGUGCAGUGGGGACACGGACAACUGUGUUAGUUCUGAGGGCAGCCACUGCAGUGGACAUGGACACUGCAAAUGCAACCGUUGCCAGUGUUUGGAUGGCUACUAUGGUGCUGUGUGUGACCAGUGCCCAGGCUGCAAGACACCAUGUGAAAAACACAGGGACUGUGCAGAAUGUGGGGCCUUUGGGACUGGUCCUCUGGCCGCCAAUUGCAGCAUGGCUUGUGCCCAUGCCAACGUGACUCUGGUGUUAGCACCUAUCUUGGAUGAUGGCUGGUGCAAAGAGAAGACACAGGACAACCAGCUGUUCUUCUUCCUGGUGGAGGAGGGUGGAGGCCGAGUUGUGCUGAGAGUGAGACCCCAAGAGAAGAGAGCAGACCACAUCCAGGCCAUCGUGCUGGGCUGCAUAGGGGGCAUUGUGGCAGUAGGACUGGGGCUGGUCCUGGCUUACCGGCUCUCAGUGGAAAUCUAUGACCGCCGGGAAUACAAUCGAUUUGAGAAGGAGCAGCAGCAACUCAAGUGGAAGCAGGACAGCAAUCCUCUCUACAAAAGUGCUAUUACGACCACCAUCAAUCCCCACUUUCAAAGGGCAGAGAAUCCCAUUUCCUGAGGGGGAAUCUACCCAGGACCCUGUGCUCUGGGAGGACAAUGGAAUGGAGGGCAGGGCCUGGCAGGCAGCAGUCUGGUUGGGGAAUAAUCUGCUGCUGAGGAGUGGCUGCCACCCUACUUGGUUUUCAGUGACACCCAAAGGGCAGCUUCCUACUGCUGCAACCCUGUUCCUCACCUCACGAAGAACAUGCCUUGCUCUCCAUGCAAUAAAGUAUCUUACUCUAGACUACAGCUGUCAUUUUGCUCCACCCCAUUGCUUUUAGCCUGGGCUU